AUGGUAGUCGUUAUUGCUUCACCUACCCAGAAUCAGCCACGUGGUACAACUUCGACUCACCUCAACCGUGACAUGGGUCGCGAAAGCCGUCAUGUAUAUGUGUCAGGGCUUCCGGAUUCUGUGUCCGAUGAACGGAUUAAUUCGUUCUUUUCAAGUUAUGGUCGUGUUCAUCAAAUAGAACGAACACACGAAGGUGUCGUCGUGAGCUUUAUGGACGUGAGAUCAGCUCAGAAAGCUCAUGCUGGCGAUCAUCGAUUGGAUGCUGGAAUUCCGUUCAGGAUCGCUUUUCACGAACCUGGUGUCAAGAAGUACUGUAUUCUCAUUAAUUCCAGCUGGCUUUUUAGUCGCUCACUGUCUAUUGCGCUAAAACUUCAACAUCUAUUUAUCUUUCUUUCAUGCAUAAUAGGAUGCUUACGUAGAAAUGGAAGAGAAUGCGUUUUUAGCCUUUUUGCUUCAGAAGAGAAUCUUUUGAAGAGAGCCGACUUAUGUCUUUUUUAG